AUGGCGAGUGUUUAUGACUACCGCGUACUUCGAUCGACUGUUCAGGAAAUCAGAGUGCUCUGCAUCGAUCCAGAUCGCAAUGUAAGCGAUCAUACUCCUUUGAGAUGCGAAUUGAAGCACAUCUCUGUUCAGGAUGUGCCAAUUGAGCAUUUUCUUGCCGUAUCUUACUGCUGGGGCACCAGCAAGAAGCGUGCACCAAUUGUUAUUGAUGGUCAAAAUGUUACAAUACCUCAGACCGCUGCCGUUGCAAUUCGGAAUCUUUCGAAAGUCUCUUCCUACCCGUUGUGGAUUGAUGCAGUCUGCAUUGACCAGAACAAUCUUCAGGAGAAAAGCCAGCAAGUUGCCAUGAUGAAGGAGGUAUAUUCGAAGGCUGUUUCAGUCCUGAUAUGGUUAGGACCUGCCCAGAGAUCCACAGCUGAUUCGAUCGCCUCCAUUGAGAAGAUACAUGAGCAAUGUCUCGGAGCCAUAGGUGGCUUAGAGCAUCUCGACGCUCAUCUGUACGGAAGUGACGGUUCACCUGGCUUCAAAUACUCUGAUGCGCCCUUGCCGGACUCCGACUGGCCAGCCUUGCAGGCAUUCUACUCUGCUCAGUGGUUUGGCAGGCUAUGGGUCAUACAAGAGAUAGGACUCGCGAAAGACUCCACGGUUUAUGUUGGCUCCUUUUCAAUCAGUGCCGAGAAAGUGGUUUUAGCGGCGCGCUGGAUGGUGCAUAGAAAGUACACACGCUAUUGCGAAGGAUUGGAGAGUCUUGGGAUUGAGAGCGCAUCGAGCAUGUACCGACCUGCAGGUCGACCGCUUUCGAACCAGCUAAGGCGAACGCACAGAGCCGGCUGCAGGGAAGCUCAAGACAGGGUCUAUGGGUUGCUUGGUCUGCUUCGCGAAGAAACAGCUUCAGCUAUUGUUGCCGAUUACACCAGACCUCUGGUCGAAAUCUACGCCCAGGCCAUCCGUCUUGCUCUGUACGAAGCCGGUGAUCUGUCUUUCCUCCAAUUUGCUGCAUGGUACAAGAGCCUUGAACCGCGCAAUACUAGAGCCAGACGUUUUAUUCAAUGGGUGAGCUGCAGCUGCCUGAUGCCACGAUACUUUCAGGAUGCUCAUUGGCCUUCGUGGGUCCUCAAACUGCACGGCGAGACCUCUGACGAGAGCGGAGCGUGUCGGAACGUGCCGAUUUUUAAUCGAAGCAGCAUGAGUGCAAGCUUUGGUUUGCAAACCAGGAUAUUGGACAAAUCCCUGACGUUGAGUCUCAGAGGUCUGACCAUAGACACGACUUCCUUGGUUGGUCCAAUGUUCACGGUCGAUCUGCUGAAAGACUCUUCAAAGUUGGCUGAAGCGGUGAGGUGGUGCGUACAGCACGGUUGUCAAGAGCGUACACCAGAAGAUGCCACUUAUAUGAAAGAUUUAGCAAUAUGCUUGACUUGUGGAUCCAACAAGGUCAAUGCAGACGCAGAGCUAGACCAGACGCACACACAAGCCUUUGAGCUUUUUCUACAGGAGUGCCGGCAGCCUUCGACUGCCGUUGGACGCAAGAUGUCAGGAAAGCUUAAUGGGCUCUUACCUUGGGUUCCACGCCAGGAUCCUCCAUUGUAUUGGCAUGAUCUGUGGACUAAAGCCAUCAACCGGCGCUUCUUUAUAACAGCAACGGGUAUGAUGGGCAUGGGCCCGCCGGCUACCAAAGCUGAAGAUCUCGUCUGCAUGCUAUUUGGGAGUGAGGCGCCGUUCGUACUUCGGCCAGUAGGUCAUUAUUUUGAGUUGAUUGGUGACGCUUACGUGCGAGCCGGAGGAAUGCCAUGCAACGGAAAGGCGUGGAGCGAUGCUGCCGGGCAUGGUGUUCCAGCUGAGAAUACUCGAGGCAAUGAUCUAGUACUUAUCUUUGCGCGGACGCGCAAGGCGGAGAGGUGGUUCGACAUCAUCUAA